AUAGUUUUUUAUAUUAUGCUUGCAUUGUGUAAAUAUUGUAUGUAUUUAUAAUAAAGUGCAUUGAAAAAUUAUCAAAAUGACGCUCAAAAGAAAAUUAACUCAAGAAGAUUUAAGGAAGGCUAUGAGUGAACAUAAGAAAAAAUUCGAAAUAGUAAAGAAGAUAGAAUCACCUUUAGCAAAAUAUACAGAUGCAGGUCAAUUAAUGUGCAUUCUCUGCAAGAGUAUUGUACGCAGUGAAACAGUCUGGGCCGUUCAUAUAAAUAGUAAAACUCAUAAAGAAAAUGUAUUAUUAGCAAAGAAAACAAAGUUAGAAUUUGAACGACCUUCAACAACUGUAUCAUCUACAUUUAAGAGGCCUUCUUCCCCAUUAGAAGAAAAUACUACGAACAAAAAAAUAAAGGGUAUACUCAAGAAUCCUUCUAAGCCACUCGCACAAUCAAAUUUACCAGCAGAUUUUUUUGAUGAUUCUUCUAAACAGUCAAGCGUCACUUCUACACCGGUCAUUCCUAUAACAACGCAAGAAACAAAAAAUUCUUCAGAGGAAACAAAUAGUGACACAGAGAACAGGACACAUACAGAUAUAGAAAAUAAUAUUGAUAAAGAAAAGGAGAAAGUAAAAGAAACAAACCAGGCAGCCUUGCCAGAAGGAUUCUUCGACGAUCCAAUUAUGGAUGCUAAAGUUCGUAAUGUUGAAUACAAAGAUCCCAUUGAAGAGGAAUGGGAAAAAUUUCAAAAAGAAAUUAAAGAAGAAACAGCUCAAUCUGCACAAAUCAUAGCUGAUGAUCAAGAAGAAGCAACGACAGAGAGGCAAAGAGAUGAAAUAGAAGAACAAAUACGAUAUUGGUCAAGGGUAAUGGACUUUAUAAAACGGAAAGAACAAGUUCAAGCUACAGACAGAAAAUUGGAAAAUGUAGAAGAUGAUAUGUCAACCGAUGAUGAAACAGAAUUCGAUGAGUUUUUAGAUUGGAGAGCCAAGAAUUCUUAUAAAUAAAAUAUAUUUUCGUUUAUUUACGUUUAUUAGUUAUUAUAAAAGUUAUUUUUUUAUAUUUCUUUAAUUAGUAUUAUUUAAACGUAAGAACUUGACAAAAAAAUAUGAACCACUAUCACAAAAUUGGAAAUUUUAAGUCAACAAAAUGUAUACAGUGUAUUAAGAUUUUAUUAAAAUGAAUUCAGAGUCAGAA